AUUGAUAAACUUGACAUUGUAUUUCAGGUGUAGAGUUACAAACACAAGUCUAGCUCUCUUUUUUUUUAAAACUAACGCCACCUCUACGCUAUCCCCCACCACAACAAACCAAUCAAUACGAUGUCCCACUGGGUUUGUUUUUACCAAGUUCGUGGCUGUCUGAUUGUGAGUGGAAUAGCUUCGUAACACCUGUUUGACCGAGGGAUUGUAAUACGCGUUUAGGCGGUUUACAGGGCACGAUAUAAGGCUUGUUACUGGUGUUUUGGCGGCACAAGUGCUCUGACUAACGGGAUAAAAACAAAUACUUUAUAAGACAUAGCAACGGGAGGAAAGUUUAAAGGAAGCGACAGACUUUACAGGAAACGAUGAUCAGAUACAAAAGUGUGGAACACGAGAUGUUUAUUCCUGCAAGCGAAACGCCAUAGCGUUAACUGAAUGACGUCAAUAAAAACGCUAGAGCGGGUAGGCGUAUAUCACGAUGCGCCUGCGAUUGGGCCGCUACAUGAUAACCAAGUCACGCAUUAGACUACAAGCUAUCGUUGAGAGAAUGAUCAAUAUCUAAGCCACGUUUGCUUCCAUUAGCGGCCAUUCGGUAAAAAUUUACUGGGAUUGCAUCUUAAGUGUGUACCGAUGUUAAAAAGUAUCGGUCUAGCCCCUUCUGCCCGUUUCCGCAAGCCGCAGUUCUAUUCCAAAAAUGAUCUCCCAUACACGAGGGAGAUCGCUGCUUACCGAAGACCGCGAGUCACAAUCAACGUCAGCGGUAUGCGCUAUGAGACACACGAAGAGACACUGUCUAACUAUCCCGAAACUUUACUCGGGUCACCCGAGCGUCGCCGAACACACUACGACGAAACCACGGACGAGUACUAUUUCGAACGCGACAAGCAGCUGUUUGACGCAAUUCUGUUUUACUACCAGUCAAGGGGGAUACUUGCUAAACCCGAGGGGGUGGAGGAGGAGGUGUUCAUGCGAGAGGUGCAAUUCUGGGGGCUUCAGGAGAAGCCGGAAGAAGCAAAGGAAGGAAAUGAGGUUGUGCUACCAGAGUGUCCUUUUAAACGGAGAUUUUGGCUAUGGUUCGAGUAUCCAAGGUCAUCACGCAUAGCUAAGGGGCUUGCACUGUGGUCAGUCUUCAUUAUCACGUUGUCAACUGUCUCAUUUUGUGUGGAAACACUCCCGCAAUUUCAACAUGACAAAAUCGAGAAGAUCCGACAUGCAACUUCUCAUGCGCACAACAAGACCCUAUUGCAACGCGUCAAUGUAACAAAGGGCAACACCACUGUCGAGGUACUUGUGAAUAAGACCAUACGAGGAGAAAGUACCACCUGGUCUACAGAAAUAGUGGAUCACUACUUUACGGAUUACUGGUUUGUUAUUGAGGCUUAUUGCGUAGCGUGGUUCACGGUUGAGUUCGUGGUGCGAAUGUGGGCGAGUCCUUGCACGUGGUUAUUCGUCAAGUCUUGGUUUGGUGUUCUAGACGUAGUCGCGAUAGUCCCUUUCUACAUUACCCUUGCGCUAAAGGAAAGCACUUACGAUGUGCGGUCAUUUGCGGUCAUCCGCGCCCUGCGGUUAUUCCGCGUCAUUAGGAUAUUCAAAUUGUCGCGUUACAGUGACGCGCUAAAGCUCCUGGUGAAAACCUUAUACUCUAGCAGCGAACAACUUAGAAGUUUGCUUUUCUGUUUUCUUGUCGCUAUUAUCCUAUUUUCAAGCAUUAUUUACUACGUUGACGAUAAAGAUAAUAUUCCCAGCAUUCCUCACGCUUUCUGGUGGAGUGUCAUCACGAUGACGUCGGUCGGAUAUGGUGACGUAGUACCGUCAACAAUUGCGGGCAAGCUAGUGGGAAGCCUAUGUGCAAUGAGUGGCCUUAUUUUGUUCUGCCUUCCCACUCCGGUACUGGUCUCAAAUUUUAUCAAGUAUUAUCUCGUAGCUGGCGCAACAGAUCAGAGAAAAAAGAUAUUUGCCGAAAAUUUGAAAGAAUUAUUUCUUAGAAAAUUAAAGGAUUGAAAUCCUUUGAAUAUAUUA